AUGGCCACCGGCUACGAGGGUUCACCCUUCACCGCGACCCAGGAGGAGGCGGAGGCGUUCACCGUCAAGGCCAGGGCGGAGGAGGACCGUGAGGAGGAGGAGGGGGCCUUCACCGUCAAGGCCAAGACAGAGGAGGUGGCGGCCUUCACCGUCAAGGCCAAGACAGAGGAGGAGGCGGCCUUCACCGUCCAGGCCAAGGCGGAGGAGGAGGUGGAGGACUCGGACGAUGACUGCGACUCGGACGAAGAGGCGAGCUUGGACCACGAUGAGUUCAUGGCCAGGCUAAUCGCAGACUACAACGCUGAAUCCGAGAAGAUCAAGUCUGACAAUCCAUGGUUGACGUACACGGACUAUUCCACUGAGGAAUACGCCUACAUGCGCCGCGACCCGGAGGAGGCCAAGGAGGACUCGGAUGAUGACUCGGACGAGAAGCUCAGGAUUUACACCGACUUGUUCCGCAAGCUGGGAGGGGAGGGUUCCCAUGGUGUUUGA